CGGAGGAGGAGCAUGUGCGCCGGCGCAGUGGCUCUCCGGCCGGUGUUGCUCAAGGAGCUGGUUGAUCAGCCCGGUCAGCUUUUCCCGGGGGCCGAGGCGGCCUGUCACCCGCUGGUCCUUUGCUUGGGUCGGGCCGGCUGCCAACACGGACUCCGAGUGUCUUGGGCCGAUUUUACCAAUUUCCCAUCUCCUCACAAUGAGACAGGUCUGGGUUCAUUUCUUCCCUUCACCGUGUAGUUGAUAGUGCUAGACGUGGAGGCAAUGCUGGCGUAGAGAUGGCAGAUAGUGUCAAGAUCUUCCUUAAUGAUCUCAUCAGGGGAAUUAAAGAUUCCAUAUGGGGAAUCUGCACAAUAUCCAAACUGGAUGCUCGGAUUCAGCAGAAAAGGGAAGAGCAGCGAAAAAGACGAGCAAGCAGUGUACUUGCCCAGCGAAGAGCACAGAGUGAGGAGAGGAGACAGGAGAAUGAACCCCGGAUAGUAAGCCGGAUAUUUCAGUGUUGUGCAUGGAAUGGUGGUGUAUUCUGGCUUAGUCUCUUCUUGUUCUACCGGGUGUUCAUUCCUGUACUUCAAUCAGUGACAGCCCAUAUAAUUGGUGACCCCUCAUUACAUGGUGAUGUCUGGUCCUGGCUGGAGUUCACCCUCACCUCCAUCUUCAGUGCCCUUUGGGUCCUCCCUCUUUUUGUGCUCAGUAAAGUUGUCAAUGCCAUCUGGUUUCAGGACAUUGCUGACUUGGCAUUUGAGGUGUCGGGAAGAAAACCACAGCCUUUUCCCAGUGUCAGUAAAAUUAUUGCUGACAUGUUGUUUAACCUUUUACUGCAAGCUCUCUUUCUCAUCCAGGGAAUGAUUGUGAGUCUGUUUCCCAUUGAUAUCAUUGGCCAAUUGGUUAGCCUGCUUCAUAUGUCACUGCUCUACUCACUGUACUGUUUUGAGUACCGUUGGUUUAACAAAGGAAUUGAAAUGCAUCAACGGUUAUCCAACAUUGAAAGGAACUGGCCCUAUUACUUUGGAUUUGGAUUACCACUGGCCUUCCUCACUGCAAUGCAGUCAUCUUACAUUAUCAGUGGCUGCCUGUUCUCCAUUCUUUUUCCUCUGUUUAUCAUCAGCGCCAAUGAAGCAAAGUCACCAGGGAAAGCAUACCACUUCCAGUUGCGUCUCUUUUCCUUGGUGGUCUUCCUUAGCAACAAACUCUUUCACAAGACAGUUUACCUUCAGUCUACCCUGAGCAGCUCCUCUUCAGCCGACCGACUGCCCUCACCUCACUCAUCACCUGCCAGGCAAAAGGCUGCUUUGGUGCACUGAAUCACAGCCAGAGCAGAGAGGAAGGAAGAGCACUGCCCCAUGCUUUGUACUCAUGCUCCUGUGAUCCAGAGAAGGGCACCGAGCAUUCUGCCAAGGGGGCUUACGUGUCCUCCCAUCUGAUCACUGUUUGAAGCUGUCAUUGGACAAUAGUUUUGCAUCGCACUACGUGUGUGGAGAAAAAUAUUUGGUGGGCGGGGGAAGCAGAGCAAUGGAGCCUGAGUUUUUAACAUCUUCGUGAGUUUUUCAAAAGCCAGGUUCUUUGCUUGUUUUUAUAACGUGUCUCAGACCUGUGCCUGUACUGUUUUUUGUAUACUCCCCUGACUCUUCCCUGUGCCAUUUCUCCCUCCCGUUCCCAGGAUGAAUGGUUUUUGUAAUGCGUAUUUUGUUGUAGCUUCAAUGGGGGUCUUUACAGUGAACUGCACCGCAACUGUUGGGUUUUCUCAAUGAUCAUAAUCCUUUGUAUAUUGUAUAACUCAGGUCAGGAUUUUGUAAUCCCUACUGUGCUGAAAUAAGAAGUGGAUCAUGGUGGUUCUAGCCGCAAGAUGAGGGUGGGAGGGCUCCCCGGUUCUUGUUCCGGGGUGACAUCCAUACAGUUCUUGCUGUUUAGAGACAUGUUUUGGUGGCAUCGCCUCUGAAGGACCUGAACAUGUACCACUUUAAAAGUUUUUAUGCUUGAAGGGAUCAGCUUUUGAUGGAUGAAACAAUUUCCUAACCUUAGCAGCAGAAUGUAUACAUUUUUUUAAAAGAAAUAAAACUCUACAUCCUUGGAGCUUUUUCAGAAGCUCCUUCUGAAUUGUCAAAGGGAAAUCUGAAAAGUGUACGGGUAAGGUCAGGCACUGUAAUGAAAACAUGUGAAAUCUGUGUCUGGGGCUGUAAGAUCUGCAAUAUAAUGUUUGGGACCUGGAGCAGGCAGAUUCUAAACAUUAGUGUCUUCAGAAAUUCUGAUGGCAUUUGAGGAAAGGCAUAGAUGUAAUGAAAUUCUCAUUGGCUGUCAGUGGAAAAACCAAGGGAAAGCCUUUACAGAGCUUCAGAGAGGCCGUUGUUUCGCUGAGAUUAGGUAGGCUGGCUAUGCCUUGUAGUGAAAAGACUGUUCAAGCCAGAGUUAAGAGGCCUCCCGCUCAGACGGUGACGUGCUGCCCGACUCACAGUUGUUGUGCCAGCCAAGUUAGAAUGAUGUGCACCCAAGUGCUCCUGCGUGGUUGUAGCAGCAGCUGAAACCGUGCAGUCAGCUGGGGAUGUGUGAUCUCUGUGUGUAUGUGUGUACACAUAUGUAACUGUAUGCACAACGGGAGUGCAAUCCUGACAUUAGGCAGUGUUCUUCAUGCAUGUCAAACAUCUGUAGGACCGAAAACUAUGAAAUUCAGAAAAAGCCCUUUGGUUUUUGCAGAACUGAGGUCAGUCUACAGAUAAUCCUUUUCUCUAGUAUUUUCACACUGAAAUAUUAAAUGAAGGUGGAAAAACAAA